AUGGAAAGUACAAAAGAAGGAUGUAUUAAAAAUAUCUUGUUAAUCGGAAAAACUGGGCAUGGAAAAUCCACAAUAGCCAACGUAUUAACGAAUACAAAUGACUUUAAAGAAAGCAACAAUGCUAACAGUGAAACUAAAAAUUUACAAGCAGCGGAAUUUGAAUAUGAUGGAGUGAAAUAUCGCGUAGUCGACACGAUAGGAAUUGACGAUACAGACUUGCCACAAGAACAAGUAUUGUGCCGAAUAUUAGAAGGUGCAGCUUACUAUAUUGAGGAAGGAUUGGAUUAUAUUUUUUUUGUACUCAAUUCUACUGUUAAGUUCACUAAAGAAGAGAAAGGAGUUUAUAAAUUAUUGGAAGGAGAAACAAUUUUUGGCGAAAAGUUAGGAGAUUAUACAACUAUUAUAAUGACAAGAUAUUCCGAAUUCAAAUCCCCUGAAAAAUGCGAAGAAUAUAAACAGUCGUUGAAUGGCAAUAAAUUUGCAUCAGAAAUAACCAUAAAAUGUGAAGAUGUUAUUUUUAUUGACAAUGGUAGGCCUGAAGAAAGAGAAGAGUCAAGAAGUAUAUUGCUGAAUUACUUGAUAGCUUGUAAAAAAAAAGAUAGUUAUAAACCUAAUGGAUCGCUUGCUGAUUUCUGUAAAAUAGUUAAUGAAUUUGACUUGCUUAUUGAAGAAAUGAGCGAAGAAAAUAUUAAGUUAUUUGAAGUCUUUAAAAAUUUGGAGAAAAUGUUGCCAAAUCUCGAAAACAAUCGUAAAAAGACAAUAGAUUGUAUUGAAACGAAUAAGAAGAAAUUAAGCAAAGAGCUAAUAAACCUAAGCAACAAAGAUGCUAAUAACACAAUUUUAAGCGGAUUUGGUACUUUUCUUGCAUAUUCUGGUGUCGGAUUCGGUGUUUUUGGAGCAGCAGCUGCAAAUACGGCCGCAUUAACUGCUAUUGCUUCAUCUCCUAUUAGUUUGUUAAUAGUAAUAGCCCCAAUAAUUCCUUUAUGGGUGUCUAGUUUUUUAAAUAUUCAUAAUAGCAAUUUAGCCAAUUCGAAGGAAAAGAAACUUCAUAAAGAAUUCAAUGAUAUUAUGAAUGAAGAUUAUGAAGGAAUUAAGAAGUUUAUAGUUAAUUUAAAUGAACUAAAUAAAAUUCGUGAAGAUCUUGAAGAUAUUGUCGAACGUUUUAAAGCCUCACAAUACAAAAAAGAAGAAAUAGACAAAAAUAAAAUUAAAAAAUUCAACGACAUCAUAACAGAAAAUUUUAAAGUAAAAGAACUUAAAGAAAAAGUAUAUGAUUAUUCCAAUUUCAGUACCAUUGAAUAUAUUAAAGAUGAUUUUUUAAGAAUUUUAGGGUACUUUAAAUUGGUUUUACCUUAUUUUAAUGUUAGAGAAUUAAGAAUGCUUUACAACAAAGUUCAUAAUUCUCAACGUGUUACAGAAGAAGAGGUUAGCAAAAAAACGUUUUGUAAAAAAACCUUUAGUGAUAUGGAAAAUAUCACAAAAUCAUUAGAAGAAGGUUUGAGUUAUAUUAAAGAAUUACGUUCAAAUAUAGACGAUAAGAUUGAAAAAUGUAACAAAGCUAAAGAGGAUAUAGGAAAUAGUUUACAAGACCAAAAUCAGAAAUUGGAUAGUUUACAAAGGAAAAAAUUGAAUAGUUUACAAGACCAAAAAUUGGAUAGUUUGCAAAAUCAAAAAUUGGGUAAUUUACAAGAUCAAAAAUUUGAUAAUCUACAAGAAAUGCAAAAUUAUCAAUUCGAUAUUGAAUUUGCCCCUUUUGACGAAACGAAGCUAACUUUAUAUAAUGAAUAUAAAAUAUAA